UCCGCACUCAGUUCGUUGAAAAUUUCGCACACUAUUUCGAUCGCUUUAUCUCUCUCUUUCUAUGUCCGAGCUAAAAAAGAACGAGACGGCUCAUUUUCAUUUCUAAAAAAAUAUUAUUUUUAUUUAAUUAUUUAUUUACGUUUUCUUUAUCAUUUCUCCAACAAUUUCACAUAAAUCUAUCGAUUUCAAACCCUAAAAAAUUAUUCAAGAAAUUAACCAACACCACCACCAACACUCCUUUAACAAGAAGAAGAUCGAUUACAAAGGCUCAGAAAACACGGUUUAAAACUCAAACUGCAUUCUCUAUUUAUAUUUGUAAUGCUUUGUAAUUUGGGAUGAUGCAUAACAUAUUGUCGUACCGGAGGUGAAUUGAUGGAGAGCUUGGGAAUCACUUGGAGAGGAUAGUUGAUAAAAUUCCUUGCUUACAGUCUUACCUAGUACAAACAAGAAAUUUUAAUGAAGAUGAUUUGAUAUUUCAAGGUCCUCAAAGCCAUUUUAUGCAGAUUCCGAUUCUGAAUUUACAAGAAUGAGGCAGUUCGUGGGACGAUUAAAUGAGCAGAAAGGAGGUGUUUCUUUUGUCAUCUCAAAGUCUUAGCUGCUGAUAACUUGUUUGGCGGAUUAUCUAUGCCUGGAAACGAAGUUGGAGAUAGGAUCCAUAAUUUCUUUGGCCAAGAGAACUUAUCUCAGAGCCAGCACCUCCCGGAGGUUGUUGAAGGGACUUGGCAAGGGUUAGGUAACAAUCAGUGGAUUGGUCAGAGACAGAUCGGCACACCAUUUAUAUCUCAUCUAAAGAAUCACCCUGUACAGCAAUCAGCUGAUUCUGAGAGAGGAAAUGGGGGACAAUCAUCAGGGUCGCAGCAUGGUGUGAGUUUUUCUCAAUCAAUUUUGAGGCCUGAGUUCGUUAGAAGUCAAUCUCAAAACCAACUGACUUUGAAUGGCUACGCACAUGGGAACCAGGUUUUCCAGACAAGGCAGAAUGAAGCAAACUUUUUGGGAGUGGAUUCAGAAUCUGAUCCACGAAAUCUGACAUCAAGAGGUUUUUCAUUUCUUGAUGCACAAAUAGGAAGUGGUCCCGAACUUCAGAAGAAAAAUUCUGUAAGGAUGGAUUUUAAUGAUCCUCCUGUUAAUUAUGAUUUUUUGGGAGGUCAGCAGCAAAUGAGUAGCCAGCGUCCUGGCACGUUCCUAUCUAUUCCAAGGCAGCAGUCUGGGAUCAAUGACAUGCAGCUUGUACAUCAACAGGCCAUGCUCAAGCAAAUGCAAGAUAUUCAGAGGCAACAGCAGCAUCAGAAGCAACAAUUGCAGCAACAAGAAGGAAGGCAACUGAAUUCUGGAAGUCAGGUUUCCACUUUUGCAAAGCAGGCAGCUGGCCCUCUUCCAUCAUCUCUCAUCAACGGCAUUCCCAUGCAUGAUGCAUCUAAUUAUCAAUGGCAGCCGGAGCUUAUGACAGCUAAUAUGAACUGGCCACAGCGUAGCAUGUCUCCAGCUAUGCAAGGAUCUUCUGGUGGACUAAUGUUUUCCCCUGAGCAAGGCCAAACACCGCGCUUGAUGGGAAUGAUUCCUCAGCAUGUUGAUCAGUCUCUUUAUGGCGUCCCCAUCUCUGGAUCAAGAGUUGCUGCAAACCAGUUUUCUCCUGUCCAAACGGACAAAUCUAUGCAACAUCGUAUGUCAGGAAGCAGCAACUCCUUCCUGGGUAAUCAGUAUACUGGGUUUCCAGAUCAAGCUAGCAUGCAGGAUAGCACUUUGGUUUCUAGACAGGGGUAUCAGGGAAAAAGUAUGGCAGGGACUGCUGAUAGUCAAGGUUUAAGUGGUGGAUUUAUGUUUGAAAACUUGCAGCAUGUAGAUCUCAGGCAAAGCAAUUGCUCUGGCCAGGGAUUUCAUGGAAAGCAGGAUCUGAUUGGCACAUCAGAAACUGCAUCGGAGAAAACAGUGGCGCAGGUUGCCCCUUCGCAGAAUGUGGCCACCCUAGAUCCAACUGAGGAAAAGAUUUUGUUUGGUUCAGAUGAUAAUUUGUGGGAAUCUUUUGGCAGGGGGACAAACAUGGGUUCAGGAGGUUAUAAUAUGUCAGAAGGCUCAGAUUUGUUUGGGGCAUUUCCUUCUUUACAAAGUGGGAGUUGGAGUGCUCUCAUGCAAUCUGCCGUAGCAGAAACAUCUACUGCUGAUAUUGGGCAUCAAGAAGAGUGGAGUGAUGUGGCUUACCAAAGUAGCGAACCUGCAUGCAAGAAUCAGUCAGCGGCAACUGUUAAUGACAGUGGCAAACAACAAUCCAAUUGGGCUAAUAACAGAUUGCAGGCAGGCUCUUUGCCAAAAGCUAGUCCUUGUAAUCUGCCCGAUGGCAACAACACUGCUGUCAGCUAUAAUAAUUUUGCAGGGGUUAAGCACUCCGGAGUCAGUAUAUCAAAUGAACAGAGUGAGAUGCCUCGUGCCAGUCCUUCUCAGAGAUUUGCUCAGCCCUUUUCGGGAGAAGGAACCAAAUGGUUGGAUCGCAAACUUCUGCAAACACCUAUUUCUGAAGGUGCUAUUAUGAAGAACCAGGGGAAUGAAAAAUCAUCACUAUCUUCUCAGGAUGUUGAGAAUAAGAGUCCCAUGUUUGAGGCAACAGGUUAUGGUGCUGAUAUGUGGAAGACUGAUACUGUUUCUAAUUCAUUUACUGAAAUGGAGAAUGCAAAAUCCACCCCUGGAAGCGCGCAGGUAAGAAGAGCAAAUUCUAACCGCAGUCAAGUUGCUGCAUUGCCUGAUUCAAGCAAUGUAAGGGAGAACCAGGAGAACAGUCAACAGCCUCCCAAUGGUAGUAAUAUUGAUAUCUGGAAACAUGUUAAUUCUUCAGUCAACUCUAGAGGACACGAGUUCCCUGGAAAGUUCCAAUUUCGUGUGGACAAGAGUCAUCAAACUUUUGAGUCACCAGGAAAUAGUAAUGUGAGCAAUGGGGCUGAUGAAUCUCAUGAUUAUCCUGAUUCAAAGGAAUUCAAACACGAUAGCUCUGGUAAUGCACCCCACUACACUGCCACCAGUGGAGGGAGAGAAAAUGCCUGGCUAGAUGAAAAUCAUCCGUCUGGGGGAAAACUAAAGGCAUCUGAUCAUAUUAAUAGGAAGUCUUCUGGAGUUCGUAAAUUUCAAUAUCAUCCUAUGGGGGAUCUGGAUGCUGAUCUUGAACCUUCUUAUGGAACAAAAAAUGCUGCACAUUUGCAGCAAACACAGGUUUCUCAAGGGUUUAAAGGUCAUAGCCAUGGAGGUUUUGGACAAUCAACAUUUCCUGCUCAGACAACUAAAUCUCUGCAAAAUGAGAAGGGUCAGUUUCCUGGUUUUCAAGGAGAAACAACAGGCUCAAAUGAAAUGAAAUACAGACUUUCAGGUUCUGCACCUAGCACUUCUACUUCCUUUGACCGACAUGUUUUUGAAAAUGCAAAAAGCAAAACAACAUCAUCAAGUCAGAAUAUGCUUGAGCUUCUUCAUAAGGUGGAUCAAUCAAGAGAGCAUGGAAAUGCAGCACAUUUUAGCUCUUCCGACUGCAAUCAGUCUUCUGAGAUGCACGAAAUAAGAAGUUCUGCUGGAUCUGCUCACCUCCAACAUAACCAGUCAUCCACAUCUCAGGGUUUUGGUUUACAACUUGCUCCCCCAUCUCAACUCUUGCCCAUUCACGAUCAUGGAUUUUCUUCUCAGAACCCCUCCCAGACUACAAACUCCUCUAGUUUAAUUCGUGCCCCUCCUGAAGUAGGGGAAAAGAGCCAAACAUGGUUGGCGUCUACAUCCUCUGUUCAGGCCUUGCCUCCUUCCCAUGAAACAUCUCAAGUAGAAUCGAGGAAUAAUGUUUCUGGUACUGGUCGACAUAUUGAGAAGAGUCCUCAUGGAAAUUUUCCUGCUGGGUUUCCCCCGGGAUUUCCUUAUUCAAAAAGUCAUCUUCAAAAUCAACAAAUGUAUGAUAUCGGUGGACAGGCAACUAACAGCCAACCUGUCAAUGUUUAUUUGGAUAGGUUUGUUUCCCAGUCAAAACAGAUGAAUGAAUCUUUUGUGAGAGCUAAGAGUGCUCAGUCGGCACCUAGAAGUACUUCGCAAAACAGUGUUGCUCCAUCCGGUGAAAUACCUCAGCUGGGUAAUGAAAACCAAAAUAAUGCAAGAGAUUCUUUCCCCCAAUUCCCCAUUCUAGAGUCUGUGCCAGCUCAGAAAAAUUCGUUUGUAUCUGGCACAUUACAGGAGAGUGCUUCAGCAAAAAUGUCGUCCGGUACAUGGACCAAUGUUUCUGUUCCGCAACAUUCAUCUGGGCUGCAGCCUUUGAAGGUUUCAUCCAAUAUCUCUAAGUCUAAUCUUCAACUGAAUAAUGAAUCUGAAACAACUUCCUCUAUAUCACAGAAACCGGGUAACAGUGCACUAAUGACAGGGAUGAGGCCAUCUGAGUCUGGUGUAUCUUCCGGGAAUUCACAUGCAAAUUUUGCAAUGGAGUCUGCAAAAGGGGAACAGUCGCAGCAAGUUGCACCUGAGAAUGACCCUGCACAGAAGACAAUAAGGGUUUCACAAGGAAAAGAAUCUGUUGCAAAUUUUGUCGCCGGCACUCCUACAUCAGAUUGCAACAGUACACAAAGAGAGAUUGAAGCUUUUGGCAGGUCUUUAAGGCCCAAUAACAUUUGGCAUCAAAAUUACCCCUUAACUCACCAAGUUCAGAACAUAAAAAUGGCGGAAGUUGAUUUGGAGAAUAGAAGUUUGAAGAGAUUUAAAGGUCAAGAUGAUGUUGGGGAUUCUCAAAAGGUAGGCCUCCAAGGAGGACAGCAGUUUGAUGCUCAGAAUAAUAUGGUUAGAGAUGCAACAAGAGAUUGUACUUCAAUUCCCUCUGGUGAUUCUGAUAUGCUAAACUUUUCAGCAAAAUCAACGGAUCCUCAAGAUACAAAUAUUUGUUCUCAGGAGAUGCUUGCAUUUGGUCGAAAUGAUUCUCAGAAUGUUGCUACUAGUAGUGCAGUUCCUGUGAGAACUGAGCAUUCUCAUAUCAGUCCCCAGAUGGCUCCAUCCUGGUUUGAUCAGUAUGGAACUUUUAAAAAUGGGCAGAUUUUACCUUUGCAUGAUGCGCAUAAACCUGUCGGAAGACCUUCCAAUAGUUUGUAUCCUCAUGCUCCAGGGGAGCAAGGAAAUGCUAUUGCAGCUGAUGCCAAUCAGCAUGGUCUACUCCAAAAAGGAUCAACCUCUUCUUUUGUUGCAAGUGAGGGUCUGUCUUCGCCUCUGUUGACGAAUCCAUAUGCUGCUGCUGUAACCUUAACUAUGGCGAGACCAAAGAAGCGUAAAAGUGCUACAUCAGAACUUGUCCCGUGGCAUAGGCAGGUGGCUCAUGGACUUCAAAUGCUUAAUGUUAGUACUGCGGAAUUAGACUGGUCUCGCGUAGCCAACAGAUUGACUGAGAAGAUGGAAGAUGAAGUUCAAAUGGUAGGCGACGGACCACCAGCAUUUAGAUCUAAGAAACGACUUAUAUUGACAACACAGCUUAUGCAGCUGCUCUUUCGUCCUCCUCCAGCAUCAAUUUUGUCUACAGAUGCUAUGUCACAAUAUGAGAGUGUUUUGCACUUUGUUGCUCGGUCAACCCUUGGAGAUGCUUGCAGCACACUAUCUUGUGCUGGAAGUGAUAAUGCGAUGCCUUCGAGCAGUGGGAACCUAGUUCCGGAGAAGACAUCCGAGAGAAUUAUAGAUCAAUACUUCUCAAAAGUUGUGGAAGACCUGAUCAGUAGAGUGGGGAAACUAGAGAAUGAUAUCUUGAGGUUGGAUAAAAGAGCAUCUGUUCUAGACUUUAGAGUGGAAUGCCAAGAGCUAGAGAAGUAUUCUGUUAUCAACCGUUUUGCAAAAUUUCAUGGCCGGGGACAAGUUGAUGGGGGUGAGAACUCAUCGCCCUCUGAUGCAUCCACUAAUUCUCAGAGAUCCUGCCUCCAGAGAUAUGUCACUGCACUUCCCAUGCCUAGGAAUCUCCCUGAUGGGGUACAGUGUUUUUCACUUUGACCAUUAAUUAAUUGAUUUUUGUUUCAUGGCCAAUUAUCUCCACAUCCUCAUACUUCUCCGAAUCAUUUCUACCAACCUAUUUACUGGAGCUUGCUCACUGUAUAACCACACGGAUGGGCAUGUAGGAGGUCUGAAUACUAGAUCGUCUCCUUAGAAGCAAUGGGAGGCUGUUAGAUCUUUACAAUCUAGGCCAUCAGUAUCAUAUUCAUUCUUGAACAGUAUAAUCUGGUCUUGUAUACAUUAAAUGAUUAGAAGAUGGGAUUCCCAGCCAAUUUUUUUCCUGUAAAAGGGGGUUAACAGAUGGCAGUAUGAUUCAGUAAUGAUGUUCACAAUUUAGCUAAAAAUUGAUAAGUGUGCUUUUGCCUGCAAAGCUUCCGAUCACACAUUUUAAAACGGGACAUAAGGGUUUUACCUUUUGCACUCCCUUGUUUUCUGGAGGAAGAAAGAGGGGGGGGGGGGGGGGGGGGGGGGUUGAAGGGUGGCUUUUGCUGGGACGGGGGAGAUUGGUAGGGUGAGGCCAGUAACUUUCAUGGCUGGCUUUUGCUGGGACAGGGGGGGAUUGGUAGGGUGAGGCCAGUAACUUUCAUGGCUCAAAGUGAGAAAUAGCUAGUUUUCGUGAAAUAAUUGUGUAUUUUUCAUUUUGGCCCUUUUAUUAUAUUGUACAAAUUGGCCGUGCUACAAAAUAUUUGUGGGACUAGACGUUCCAAGAAAUGGUGAAAAACAUGCAAAGAUAAGUUGCCAAAUUGAAUGGACAGUUACGAGCAGUUUCAAUUUUGUUUCCUCAA